AUGGACCGGUUUGAAGAUGUAUCAGACAGUGAAGUGGAUCAUGCUUUCUUUGACAGUGAUUUUGAGGAAGAGAAAAAGAAAGCUGAAGAAAAUGGUAAAUGUAUAGAGAAAGAAGGUACAAAGGCAGAUCUUACAGACCCUGAUUUGCUUUCAAGUACAAAGGAUGCAAAUUGUGGUGAGGAAGAAAGUGAAGAAAAGCAGGAAGAUUUGAAGAAGGAUCAGUCCCUAGAAAAUAGCACCGAUCAUCUUGGAGACGCUUCAUCUUUGUCACUUUCCCCAGUUGCAGAGAAUGCAGGUACAUCUGGAACAACAUCUGCAGCAAGUAGGGGAACACAGGAGAAUGUUCCUGCUGGAAUCCCCAAAAUAGUUAAAGAAGGUGAAGAAGAUUAUUACACAGAUGAAGAAGAUAGUAGUGAUGAUGGCAAAGAACAGAAGGUUAGACCAAAGUCAGCUAAGCAGCCAAACACCAUAAAAAAGGCUAGCAAGAAGUGUACAAAUAUCAGCUCCUCCUCCUCUUCUUCCUCCUCCUCUUCUUCCUCAUCCUCAUCCUCAAGCUCAGAUACAGAUUGUUCUGAUACAGAUUCCGAUAGCUGUUUGUCAGAUUCAUCUCAUUCUUCCUCAAAGAGGAAUGCUUGUAGGAAUACUCUUCUGUCUCCAAAACAAAAAUUCAAGUCUGCAAUGAAAUUGGCAGGAGGAAAACCAAAGCUCGGUGACUACUUGGAGGAGUCUGAAGACACAGUGACGGAUGUAACACCUCUGUCAACUCCAGACAUCAGUCCUAUCCAGUCUUUUGAACUUGCAGCAUCAAAUGAUAAGAAACUAAAAAUAAAAAGACAAGAAAAUGUGAACCGAGAAUUAUAUGAUUCCGAGUUUGAUCGCAGAUAUAGUCGAAAAGUCUUGCACGAUGCCAUGGACCUGAAUCAUCUUUUGAAAGCUUUCCUACAGUUGGAGAAAAAAGAACAAAAACUAACCAUCGAUCAGCCCUCUAAAGGAAUAAGGAAAAAUUAUUCUUUCACAAACGAAGAAGUAAGACGGAUUGACCGGGAAAACCAAAGGUUGCUGAAAGAACUAUCCAGGCAGUCUGCAAAGCCAAGAAGAAGUACCACGUUGAAGAAGUCAGCUGUACCGCCUCCAAAAUUGUACCACAGUGCCCUCAACAGGCAAAAGGAGCAGCAAAGAAUUGAAAGGGAAAACCUGGCUUUCCUGAAAAGACUGGAAGCAGUGAAACCGACAGCUGGUAUGAGGCGUUCUGAACAACUGAUGGACUAUCAGCGCCAGAUGAGUUAUCUAAGUUCUUCACCUUCUGUAAGAAGAGGAAAAUCUGCUUUCAGCCAGCUGAGUCCCUCGAGAGGCACUUCAAGAGCAUCCGCUGUACCAAGUACAGUGAGCCAGAGGAACGAAAAACCCGUGUGCGAUUCAGCCAGUGGGGCGUUACAGAGACCUAAACCCACUAACGUUCGUGCUGCUUGGUUAUAA